CCAACUGUCACUGGAGAGAGCCUGCGGAGUGCGCAUGCGCUAGCUAGUAAAGCGGAAGAACACACCAUGUCGAUAGAAGACCCGUUUUUCGUUGUGAAGGGGGAGGUGCAGAAGGCCCUCUCUCGUGCUCGGGGCCUGUUUGACAGAUGGGAGGAACUGUUGCAGGAUGGGACGCAGGUUAGUCGUGAUGAGCUGGACUGGAGUACCAAUGAACUGAGAAACUGUCUGAGGGCCAUAGACUGGGAUCUGGAGGACCUCAGCGAGACCAUCAAUAUUGUGGAGUCGAACCCGGGGAAGUUCAAACUUGGAGACAAUGAACUUCAGGAGAGGAGAGAUUUCGUGGAGCGAACCAGGAAAUCUGUCCAGGAGAUGAAGGAUCAUCUGUCCAGCCCUUCUGCCGUGGCUCAGGCAGAGAAGAAGAACAGACAGGCUCUGCUGACAUCAUCAGGCCAAGACAGGUCAUCAGGGCUGGAGGCUCAUAUGGUGUCUGCAAACUCCAGAUACAUCGAGGAGCAGCAGGAACAACAACAGCUGAUCAUGCAGGAGCAGGAUGAGCAGCUGGAGUUGGUGUCAGGCAGCAUCAGAGUCCUCAAAGACAUGUCGGGACGCAUCGGGGACGAGCUAGACGAGCAGGCUGUUAUGUUGGGGGAUUUUGGAGAUGAGAUGGACCAGACAUCAUCCCGCAUGGACUCCGUCCUAAAGAAGCUGGAGAAGGUGUCUCACAUGACCAGCAGUCGCAGACAGUGGUGUGCCAUCGGCGUGCUGGUCACCAUCAUGAUCGUGGUCCUGAUCCUCUUCUUCGCUCUCUGAUCCCAGCGACCUCUGACCUUCCGACUAUGUUCAGCGACCUCUGCCUGUUUGGACGGAUAGUUGGACAAAUACAGGACGAGGGGACGCGUCUCUCCUUCUUCCCUUCCCAUCCCACCCUUUUCUUCACACUUGAGGAAACUGGUGACCUGCAGUGAGAAGUCAGGAUGUAAUCCUUCUCCUCUCUGCUUUCAAAUGAUUCUUCUCUGCUGGCCUCUACCAGCAGAGCAGUUUAACACAUGAGAAAACAAACACAACCUGGUGGUAUUAUGAAUUUCAUACUGGUGCGUUUCAGUUGUUGGAAGUAACGGUACUGAAUGGGAGGGUCGGGACGGGAGGCUGCUGCUGUUGGGUUAAAAACACUAAUGUGCAUACGGUUUAGGCAAUCAAGAUGCAUUCAGGAAAUUGUAAUGAGGGUUUGAAAUUUACACCCAAAAACUGAUCAGUGGCAGUAAAACGUGUUCUACGGAUAAAUCAGUGAACAGUGACGUUCGGAAACAACCGCUUUCAUCAUCAUUAAUAACUUCUGGAUGAUCUUGCACUCCGAUGAACCACAAACUUCAUCUAUUUUUUAAGUGAAUAGUUUUAUAGGAGUGAAAGUACAGACUCUUUUUGUAAACAGCUAUUGUGCCAUUCAUUUUAGUCGGCUGGUGAGAAGUGAUUCUUGGCAGCCGCCAGCCAAAAAGUCGUUUUUUUUGGAUACUGAUGAGUAACCAUUUGUGUUUUAAGCUUACAGGAGCAGCAGUGUUGGGUUGAUGGGGAGGGAGGGGUGUGUUUCAGUGUUGCCUUAAAUAUAUUUUUAUAUUGUAAAAAUGUGCAGUAUGUUUCUGUGCCUACGUGUGAAUCAGGGUGGCGAUUUAACACCAGGAGAACGGGCGGCCCUAGCUACGAGUCUACAGGUUUUUCCUUCCAAGUCCCACAUCAUCAUACCAGCUCAUUUCACUCACUUAACUUCUCCUCCACCGGCUGAGACGUGUCAGUCACCUGUGAAAUCAGCUGCUGCGGUGUGUUUGUGGUCAAAACAAAACAGCAGGUAGACUCAUAGUUGGCAUGACACAAGGCUUGCCCAUCCCUGACAUGCUAGAUGCUGCUGGUUCUGCUCUGCUGCCCGCUUUGUACACAAAUGUAUAGAUUCCCGGAGCUGCUGACCAGCGGACAGAAACGGUUCAUUUCCUGCCCUGAUUGUGAUCCGUCUCGGUGAGGUGAAGUCAGGUCUGCAGCCAGCCAGCCGCCUUCGCAACCCCCCCACUCCCCACCCUGCAGGCUGUUAACCACACGAUUGGCUGAUGCUUUGUUACUCUCGCUGGGUGAUGAGAGACAACCUUGGCUCAGAGCGAAUGGGUUUGCCUGGUUUUAUUGAAAAGCUUUAGCUAAUGAGAGGACGAACAGUUGCUGGGCAGGAUGUCUCCGCUCGCAGUCCAGAUUUAGGCUUACAGCUCCCUCUGCUGGAGGCCAUAGGUCAUGUUUCUUUGUGUCAUGUCAGGUGACACUGCCCACGCCAGGGUGUGUUGCAGUGUUGUAUAAAUACAAACUAUGAUCCUUUGAAUUUGCGUGUAAUUUGACAUGAUUCCUGUAAAAAAAAAUGCUUUAUGCAAUCUUAUUUUGUGAUCCAGGUUUCUUUCAUGAUUUCCGCUUUUGUCGACCGGUUACAGAGAAUAUGGUGGAUUUAAUAGUUCCGUCUGACUUCCCCUUUUUUUGGUCACUAAAAGAGACAAAGGUCAGAUGUUCAGAACGCUUCACUCUGUUGAGUUUCCUGGCUGCCUGAGGGCUUUUAAUCCUAUUCUCUCAGUAGUUAGCUGUGUGCUUUUAAUGUGCUUUUAUAUAAUCAAGCCCUCAUUCCUUAAAUGCUUCACUGGGGAAAAUGAACUGAAUACGUGGAAAAUGGUUGGAAGCAUAAAUGAAGUACUCUUGUGGUUUUCACUCCUGUCAUGAGUCACUGUAAGACGCAAAAUAGAGGUUUGUGAAGGUUAAAAGCAUCUUGAAACACUGAAGGAUUUCGAAAUAUACAGUAAAUAUACAGUUUUUUUCUGUUGAAGUUGAGGCUGUAAUGUGCUUUUCUGUUUGGAUUUUACACCAUGAUACUGUAACACAUCUGUAUGAGAGAGUAUUGUAGUGAGCUCUGAGUCUUUUUAUUUUUUUGUUUCCAGAUCUGGGUCUAAAAGAUUCGUUUUGAAGCUGAUUUUAUUGCAUCAAGGCACAAAAAGAAAAAUCUAUCAAUCUGACAUAAAAGUCACUCUGAUGUUAAUCCAACGAUCACUGUUAUUUAGCAGAUCUCAUCAGUGAGUUUCUCUGAGCCCCUUUCAAACUUUUUCCAAGUACAUUUUUUUUUCAAAACUUGAUUUAUUUUUAUCAUCUUAACUCGCUUCUUUGAAAAGGAAAAAAAAAACGGUAUCAGAGCUUCGAGAUCAUGUCAGUUAUUGACUUUUGGAAAACAUUAAGCAAACCUGGGAACUGACUGACUCAAGUGCCAACGAUCAGAACAUGAUUUAUUCUGUUUAACCAGCCGCCCACUACAGAGAGAAGCUUUUGGCUGUGAAGUUUUUCUUCUGAAUGUAACAGAACUUUUUUUUUUUUUUACUUUGUCAUUUUUUUUGUUUAACCAAACAUCAUUUGCUGGUGUAACAGUAAAGAUGUCGGGAGGAUCUGAAUGUCCAAAAUGUUGUACAGUACUGACUGCCAUCGUGUCCUUUUAAUACCAAACGUGUGGCUGCAGUGUUUCCGACUCUAAGGGGGAAGAAAAAGAAGAAAACAUUACAUCUGCAUAAAAUGAACUAGAUGAUUGUUUUCUUACUGGCAUCCAGAGAUUUCUGAAAUUGUACAGUGAGGUUUUAAGUUUCAUUAAACCUGUUCGACAUGAA